GGCACGAGUACCGAUGAAGCAAGCUGAGCUCCCCGUAUGGAAUGACUGCAUCUCUGACAAGUUUGAGUGCUGCUGGAAUGGUUCAGACAGCGCCAUUAUGAUGGGAUCCUACAACAACUUCUUCAGAAUGUGUGACAGAAACAGUCGGAGGGAUGUUACACUGGAAGCUUCAAGAGAGAACAGCGACCCCCGAGCCACCUUAAAACCCCGGCAAGUAUGUACAGGUGGUAAAAGAAAGAAGGAUGAGAUUAGUGUGGACAGUCUGGACCUCAGUAAGAUCCUUCACACAGCCUGGAACCCCAUAGAGAACACUAUUGCUGUAGCUGCCACCAAUAAGUUGUAUAUAUUCCAGGACAAAAUCGACUAAAGAAGCUAACUGGAAGACCAAGUCUUGUCUCGCAUAGCUAAGCUGGUCAUUUUUCUGUCAAAGAAAAGGCAUUGUCCUCUCUACUAAGAACAGAGACACACUUCUUACUUCCCUUCAGGACAGAGGAAAGCAGCCACCUUGGCUGGAAUCCUGGCAUUGCUCUGUCCUUAGCCCAGGGAGAGACGCUCGUUGCUGCAAGGGGAAAACCCACUCGAAGCAGAAUUGAU